GUGAAAGUGAAACUAUUACAGCAGGAGCCAUUUUACAGUAAAGGCUCGUUCACGAAAAUAAAAAAUAUACAAGAUAAAAACACAGUUUAAGAUUAAAUCUUUAUGUUCUGACACUGUGUGUUCAUCAUGAAUCACUCCAAAAAGAACAAAAGUUUGACUCGUGGAGAAUCUCCUAAACCCAGUUGUGUGUCUGUGAAGAGUGAUGGAUCAAUUCGUGAACCACUUAAAUUCAGUUCAGGAGACUGUGAUGAUACAGAUGUGAGUAACACAACAAAUGUCUCCUUCAAAGGAAAGCACAUGGAUUCUGUUUUCCAGGUGCUUGAGCACAAACUCAUCACUAUGACGAAGAAAAAGCUGAAGAUCUUCAAGAGUCUACUGAGUCAAGAUUACCCAUCAUGCUCUGAGAGAGAAGAGGAGGAUGAUGAAGAUCAGAUCAGAGUCAGAGAGAUGUUUCUGAAGAUCACACUGAACGUCCUGAAGAAGAUGAAGCAGACAGAUCUCGCUAACAAACUACAGACCCAAUUUGCCCCUGAAUACAUGAAGGAACACAAAUCCAGACUAAAAGAGCAAUUCCAGAGAAUGAAUGAAGGAAUCUCAGCUCAAGGAAGCUCAACACUUGUGAAUGAGAUCUACACAGAGCUGUACAUCACAGAGGGAGGGAGUGAAGACAUCAAUAAUGAACAUGAGGUGAGACAGAUUGAGACAUCAUCCAGAAGAUCAGAGACACAAGAAACACAAAUCAAAUGUAAUGACAUCUUUAAAGUCUCACCUGAACAAAACAAACCCAUCAGAAGUGUGCUGACUAAAGGAGUCGCUGGAAUUGGAAAAACAGUCUCUGUGCAGAAGUUCAUUCUGGACUGGACUGAAGAAAAAACAAAUCAAGAUCUUCACUUCAUAUUUCCACUUCCUUUCAGAGAACUGAAUCUGAUCAAACAGAAAAAUAUCAGUCUGAUGGAUCUUCUUCAUCAGUUCUUCACAGAUACAAAAGAUCUGAGAUCAACAGACUUUGAUGAUUAUAAAGUUGUGUUUAUCUUUGAUGGUCUGGAUGAGUGUCGUUUUCCUCUUGAUUUCUCAAAGAAUCCGAGUUUGUUUGAUGUCAGAGAAUCAGCGUCAGUGGAUGUGCUGCUGACAAACCUCAUCAAGGGGAAUCUGCUUCCUUCUGCUCUGAUCUGGAUCACCUCUCGACCAGCAGCAGCCAAUCAGAUUCCUCCUGAGUGUGUUGAUCUGAUCACAGAUGUACGAGGAUUCAAUGACCCUCAGAAGGACGAGUAUUUCAGGAAGAGAAUCAAUGAUGAGAGUCUGACCAACAGAAUCAUCACACACAUGAAAUCAUCCAGAAGUCUGUACAUCAUGUGUCACAUCCCAGUCUUCUGCUGGAUUUCAGCCACUGUUCUCCAGAGAAUGUUGAGUGAAGCAGAGAGUCAAGCACAGAUCCCCAAGACUCUCACUCAAAUGUUCACACACUUCCUGAUGUUUCAGAUCAAACUGAAGAGUCAGAAGUAUGAUGGGAAAUGUGAGGUAGAUCUUCAGCAGGCUAGAAAGAGUCUUGAGUCACUGGGAAAACUGGCUUUUCAACAGCUGGAGAAAGGGAACCUGAUCUUCUAUGAGGAGGAUCUGAGAGAGUGUGACAUUGAUGUCAGAGAAGCGUCAGUGUACUCAGGAGUUUGUACUCAGAUCUUCAGAGAGGAGUUUGGACUGAACCUGGGGAAGGUGUUCAGCUUUGUGCAUCUGAGCGUUCAGGAGUUUCUCGCUGCUUUAUUCAAGUUUCUGUCAUUUCUUACGCAAACAUCAGGACUCUUCAGCAGGUUGAGAUCAAAUAUGAGUGAUUUACUGAAGAGUGAAGUGGACAAGGCCUUAAAGAGUGAGAACGGACACCUGGAUCUUUAUCUCAGAUUUCUUCUGGGUCUUUCACUGGAGUCCAGUCAGACAAUCUUACGAGAUCUGAUGACACAGACAGGAAGAAGCUCUGACAGUAAACAGGAAAUAGUCGAGUACAUUAAGAAGAAGAUCAGAGAGAAUCUCUCUCCAGAGAAAUCCAUCAAUCUGUUUCACUGUCUGAAUGAACUCAAUGAUCAUUCUCUAGUGCAGGAAGUACAAACAUAUGUGAACAGAGGAGAUGAGUCUAGUCUUACUGGAGUCCGUCUCUCUCCUGCUCAGUGGUCGGCUCUGGUGUUUGUGUUACUGAACUCAGAAGAGAAGCUGGAUGAGUUUAAUCUGAGGAAAUAUGAUCCAUCAGAUGAAUGUCUUCUGAGACUUCUGCCAGUGAUCAAAGCAUCCAGAACAGCUGAUUUUAGAGACUGUAAUCUGACAGAGAAAAGUUGUUCAACACUGGCGUCAGUUCUCAGAUCAAACUCCUCAAGUCUGACAGAACUGAACCUGAGUGACAAUAAACUGAAGGAUUCAGGAGUGAAGCUGCUCUCUGAUGGACUGAAGAAUACAAACUGUAAACUGAAGACACUAAAUCUGUCUGGGUGCAGUAUUGGAUCUGAAGGUUGUGUUGCUCUGACUUCAGCUCUGAGAUCAAACCCCUCACAUCUGACACAACUGGAUCUGGGAAAUAAUAAACCAGGAAAUUCAGGAGUGAAGCUGCUCUCUGAUCUACUGAAGGAUCCACACUGUCAACUACAGACACUACUUCUGAGUCUCUGUGAUCUGACAGAGAAAAGUUGUUCAUCACUGGCGUCAGUUCUCAGAUCAAACUCCUCAAGUCUGACAGAACUGAACCUGCAUAACAAUAAACUGAAGGAUUCAGGAGUGAAGCUGCUCUCUGAUGGACUGAAGAAUACAAACUGUAAACUGAAGACAUUACAUCUGUCUGGUUGCAGUAUUGGAUCUGAAGGUUGUGUUGCUCUGACUUCAGCUCUGAGAUCAAACCCCUCACAUCUGACACAAGUGGAUCUGAGUUAUAAUAAUCCAGAAGAUUCAGGAGUGAAGCUGCUCUCUGAUCUACUGAUGGAUCCACACUGUCAACUACAGACACUACUUCUGAGUGUCUGUAAUCUGACAGAGAAAAGUUGUUCAUCACUGGCGUCAGUUCUCAGAUCAAACUCCUCAAGUCUGACAGAACUGAAUUUGAGUCACAAUAAACUGAAGGGUUCAGGAGUGAAGCUGCUCACUGAUGGACUGAAGAAUAUAAACUGUAAACUGAAGAUACUAAAUCUGAGUCUCUGUAAUCUGACAGAGAAAAGUUGUUCAUCACUGGCGUCAGUUCUCAGAUCAAACUCCUCAAGUCUGACAGAACUGAACCUGAAUCACAAUAAACUGAAGGAUUCAGGAGUGAAGCUGCUCUCUGAUGGACUGAAGAAUACAAACUGUAAACUGAAGACACUAGAUCUGUCUGGUUGCAGUAUUGGAUCUGAAGGUUGUGUUGCUCUGACUUCAGCUCUGAGAUCAAACCCCUCACAUCUGACACAACUGGAUCUGAGAUAUAAUAAUCCAGAAGAUUCAGGAGUGAAGCUGAUCUCUGAUCUACUGAAGGAUCCACACUGUCAACUGCAGACACUACUUAUUGAGCCUCAAGGGAAACAAUCACAUGCAGAGUGAAAGAAUUCACUUCAUUCAGUAAAGAUCAUCUGUGCCUUUUUCUCUUUGAAGACUGUGACAUCAACGGUGACAACUGUGAAGCGCUAAAACGUGUAUUAUUUAUUAUUAUUUCAAGUUGGUUAGAGUAACCUAAGCUCAAAACCUAGUCAGUUUAGUCAGCGAAAUUACACCUAACCAAUAAGUGUAGGAACGAAAAGAAAAACAAUACAUGUGAUUUAUUCCAUACAGAUAUGGUUUAUAAAGAAAAUGAACCAAGAUGUUAUAAAUUGCAAUAAAUUGUAUGUCACCUUUAAUCCCUUAGUUGUGGUAUGCAGGUGAGCAGCAAAUAGAAAUAGGGGAUGCACAUAUAAGUUAUUUCUAAAUAGUUCAAAUAUAAUAUUUAAGGAACCGCUGAUAUGUGUCCCAAUAAAAUAUGAAUUACAAUUAUUAUUUAAAGGGGGUAAAAUGUCUCUAAAAUUGGUGUCUGAUACAACAAGGACAUGUCAUAUUGUAAAAGGCAUUUCUACCGUUUUAGUACAAUUAUGAUUUAGUAUAAGAGUGCACUUAUUUCUCUUCAUUAUGGAUUUUUCCAGCAAUUCUUACCAUAGUCAUUCAAUAAAAACAUAUUCCACAAAACAAACUUUACAUUUGAAUGGUUUUCUCUGUGUUUAUUUAAAAAUACAUGUUUGAUCACUCUUAACAGAUAAACAGACUUUCUCCAGAAUGUGAGCACAUGUUGAAGGUUUGGGAACAAUGAUGGCUUUGAAUGAACGGUCCAUGGGUGUGACGUCUGAGUCAAAUUGGGCGAUCUUCUUAGACCGAAGCUGUGUUUAGGCUCUCUCUAUAGUGAAUUCUCUUGUGGACAGUAAGCACACUAUUCUGUCUGAAACUCUUUCCACACUGAAGACACGGGUAUGGACGCUCUCCAGAGUCAAUGUUCAUGUGGCUUUAAAGCAUUCUACUCUGUCUAAAACUCUUUCCACACUGAAGACAUGAGAACGGGCGCUCUUCAAUGUGAAUUCUUAUGUGCUUUGCAAGUCGGUCUUUGUAUGCAAACUGUUUUGCACACUGAGGGCAGGUGAAAAUCUUUACUCUUAUGUGCAGAUCAAAGUCUCUUUUCGAAGCAAAGCCCUCUUCACAAUGAGGGCAAGUGAAAGAUUUUCUUGUUUUCGUGCUUUGCCUUGUUUUUGAAGAAGUAUUUUUUAUCUCCGAAGAAUCAGAAGACAUUUCUUCCAGUUUGAAAUUAUGAGGUUUCUGAUACUGAUGCAUCUCAUGUCCAUUCAGUUCAUCACUUUCAUUGUUCAGUUCCA